AUGUCGAAAAUUAUAAUUUCCCUUGCAAUGCUACAGGUUUUAAGUUCGUGUGUAAAUGCUAAAUUUUUUGACAAUAGACCAUGCGAAGACAAAUCGGCAAAUUGUCUAGCUACCCACAUCCAAGCCGCCAUGCCAGUCUUCACUAAAGGAUCCUAUGAAUAUGGACUGGACAUACUAGAUCCCUACUCGAUGGAAAAUUUUGAGGUUUUGUUGGCAGGAGGGCCCCAAAUCCAUAUAAAGCGAGGCCACGCCAAGGGCCUCAGAAAAUGCGUCGUCGAUUAUGCAAGGAUGGUGGACGAUACCUUAGAAACACAAUUUCAUUGUAAUAUUAGCUUUAGAGGGAAAUACAAGUCAACAGGCCGUUUGCUCAUGUUUUCUUUCGAUGGAGAUGGAGAUGCGUUGGUCAAAUGCAUGAAUCUGAAAAUCCACAACAUCAUGACCCUGGGAACCAGAGAAGAUGCAAACGGCCGCAAAUUCUACGUGAUGAAGAAUUCUACCACGGACCAUAGCUACGAUGGUCGCGUCACGUACAGCCUUACAAACUUGCUUAAAGGAAGCCCUUUAGCUGGAAAAGCUGUUCUUCAAUUUAUGAAUGAGAAUUGGCGAGUCGUAGCUGAAGAAUUCGGAGACCCGUUCGUUCAAUUUGGAGUAUCCAAGUUCGUUACGAAUGUAGAAAGAUUAUUAAAUGUGGUGCCUAAAGACCAGUUGCUUGAAGCAAAUUUUUAA